AUGGCAUUCGCUGGAGCGGAAUUGUUAGCGCUUCGAGGAGUUCCACACUUCGAUCCGACGGGUGGUGCAAGUAUUGUCAGCGGCAAGUGGAAAGCUUGGCUUGAAGAGUUCGAGGCCUACGCCGAUAGUCGCGGCCUGUUUCUGGACGGAUGUUGCUUAGUAGAUUCGGGAAGUGAUUGCAAUGUAAUAGAUCAGAUAUUGUGGGAGAAACUGAAGAAGGACAAAAUCAUCUGCAAAUCUACUAAGAGUACCAAGAGGCUUUAUCCAUACACAUCACAUAUACCAUUAACGACCAUUGGAUGUUUCACAGCCACCGUAGAAGUUGGCAAGAUGAAGUCGACUGCAGAGUUUGUUGUCAUCAAAGAAAAGGGAGAACCUUUACUGAGCAAACAUACGUCUAGAGAGCUGGGAGUGCUCCAGGUGGGAAUUGUACAUGUAAAUGCGGUACAGAGUUAUGCAGGUUUAAAGCAUGAGUUUGAAGCAGUCUUCAAAGGAGUAGGGAAGUUGAAGGGCCGACAGGUGCGGUUAGCAGUGGAUGAAACGGUGAAGCCAGUGGCCCAGCCUGUGCGAAGGACUCCAUUUGGACUGAGAAAAAAGGUCGAGAUGAAGAUUGCGGAAUUGAUCGAUCUCGACAUCAUUGAGCCAGUUGAACGCUCCACGCCAUGGGUAAGCCCAGUUGUCAUAGUUCCAAAGAGAAAUGAUGAAAUUAGACUGUGUAUCGAUAUGCGUAGAGUGAACGAAGCAAUCAUAAGAGAACGUCACCCCAUUCCCACUAUUGAGGAAGUCCUACAGGAGCUGUCGAUUAGCAAGGUCUUUUCGAAAAUAGACCUGAAGUGGGGGUACCACCAACUGGAGUUACAUCCGGAGUCUAGAGAGGUGACAACCUUUGUCACUCAUUGUGGGUUGUUCCGCUAUAAGAGACUGUUGUUCGGAAUCAAUGCUGCUCCAGAGAUUUAUCAAUAUGAGAUACACAGAGUGAUAGCUGGGAUAGAAGGAGCUGCGAACAUAUCAGAUGACAUCAUUGUGCAUGCAUCGACCCAGAAAGAGCAUGACAAGAGGUUGAAGCAGGUGCUUGGCAGACUGCGGGACGCAGGACUUACUGCAAAUGCAGAAAAGUGUAAGUUUGGUGUCUCUGAGUUGGACUUCAUGGGGCACAGACUGACUAGCGAGGGACUCAACCCAGGAUUGGCCAAGGUGAAAGCAAUUGCAGAGGCCCGUGAACCCCAGACUGCAACUGAGAUGAGAAGUUUCUUGGGGCUAGUCAACUACUGCGCAAAGUUCAUUCCGAACUUUGCUACAUUGGCAGAUCCACUGAGAAAGCUGACCAGAAAGGACACGCCAUUUCAAUUUGGUCAUGAACAGCGACAAGCGUUUAAGUCGCUAAAGGAAAGCUUGAUGAGUGCAGAGACCCUGGGCUACUAUGAUCUAAAUGCACCGACAAAGGUCAUAGCGGAUGCCAGUCCAGUUGGCUUAGGAGCAGUGCUGGUGCAGGUGCAUGCUGAUGGCCCGAGGAUAGUAGCAUAUGCCAGCCGCUCGUUAAGUAACGUUGAAAGGAGAUACUCUCAGACGGAGAAAGAAGCCCUUGGACUUGUGUGGGCUUGUGAAAGAUUCCAUGCGUACCUGUAUGGAAUAGAGUUUGAUCUAGUGACUGAUCACAAACCGCUUGAAGUCAUUUAUUCACCGAGAUCUAAGCCAUGUGCGAGAAUAGAGCGGUGGGUUCUGAGGCUUCAACAGUACAAGUACAGGGUAGUCCACAUCGCAGGAAAGUCCAACAUAGCAGAUCCAUUGUCAAGAUUGCUGAAGGAUGAUCAACCGAGAGAAACUUCUGUGUUGGAAACAGAAGCAGAGAGCUUUGUGCGUUUUGUGGCAGUCCAGUCAACGCCAGGUGCGGUGACAACGAAGGAAGUCGAAAGAGAAUCUGAACAUGAUCCUGAACUCGAAGUUAUCAGAGAGUGUAUUCACAGUGGACAAUGGGAUGAUUGUCCAUAUAAAGCAUACAUUCCCAUCAAGGAUGAACUCUGUAUAAUUGGUCAGUGUGUGCUGAGAGGUAGCAGAUUGGUGAUUCCACAGGCACAGAGGCCAAAGAUGGUGUCAUUAGCUCACGAAGGACACCUGGGCAUUGUUGGCACCAAACAGAAUUUGAGAACCAAGGUAUGGUGGCCAGGAUGUGAGAAAGAUGCAGAGAAAUUCGUCAAGACUUGUCAUGGUUGCCAAAUCACAAGCAGGGGUAAUCCACCAGAACCAAUUCGAAGUACUAUGUUGCCAACAGGACCUUGGGUGGAUGUAGCUGUUGAUUUCCUAGGACCACUUCCGACAGGAGAAUCUAUACUUGUGGUAGUUGAUUAUUAUAGCAGAUACUACGAGUAUGCAAUCAUGAAAUCAACCACUGCAGAGAAGACAGUCAAAGCCCUGGCUGAAAUCUUUGGCAGACAUGGGUUACCUGUGACGUUAUACUCAGACAAUGGACCCCAGUUCAUCUCAGAAGUUUUCGCAGAGUACAUGAACAUUACAGGAAUUCACCACCAUCGGGUGACUCCUAAAUGGCCCCAAGCCAACGGCGAGGUCGAAAGACAGAACCAGAGUAUAGUGAAAAGGCUUAGAAUUGCACAGGCAGAAGGCAAGGAUUGGAAGGAGGCCUUGCUGACUUACGUCGCAGUCUACCGGGCUAGUACUCAUUCGACAACGGGAAAAAGCCCGGCAGAAGUGUUGUUCGGGAGAAAGAUCCGAACUAAACUACCACAAAUCCAGGACAUUAGUGAGGAUCAGGAACUCAGAGACAGGGACCUCCAAAUGAAAAGUGGUGCAAAACACUAUGCAGAUCUGAAGAGGGAGCUGUACAUUCUGACAUAGUGCCAGGAGAUAAGGUGAUAGUAAGACGUGAUGAAAGGAGGAAACUAGACACGCCAUACUUUAGCCAGCCAUAUACAGUGACAGCAAGAACAGGAAGUAUGGUAACUGUGAAAUCUCCUGACGGAGUCCUGUAUAAUAGGAAUGUAUCAAGUGUAAAAAGAUACAUGUCCCGAGACACUCAUAACGAAGCUGCCAAUCCAGAGAGGACAGACGGCAAUCCUGAGGCGGUGACCAGUAUUCCUGAAGGGUCGGACGGUAAUCCUGAGGCGGAGACCAGUACUCCUGAGGCGGUGACCAGAGAUCCAGACUCAGAGGCAGCAAGCAACACAUCAGGCGGUGACCAGAGACAUCAAGAUGGUGAUACCCAAGCAGAGACAACAAACACCAACGCUCCUAUGGCAGCUAGUAGACCACAACGCCAGAGAAGAUUCCCUAAGCGAUAUGAUGAUUUUGUGUGAUUCCAGAUCAAUAUGGUGGGGAUGAGCUCUUUGUAAAAUAGCGACAGUGAUAUCUGAAACUACAUGUGCCAAGGAGAAAUGUUUGGAAAUCAUUGGUUGAAGCCAAGUUAUGAUUUAAAGGGUGUACGCCUUGCGCUGCCCAUAUUUGUGAAAUCGACAUGUUGGAGAAAUCACCAUGGAAACCAAGCGUACGAGGAAGUUGUGUUAUGUGCUAAAAUAAUAAGUUCUGAUAUAUAUAUGUUUCAAUCUUACACAUACAUUAAUCAAUGUAAAAGGGUGUACGCCGAACGCUGCCCUUAUUGUAUGUGAUAGGUGUUGCGAAAAACACAAGUUUGAGUUGGAGCAUCGAUCAGUUUUCAAAAAUGGAUUCAAUCAUCGAAGAGAGUAUUUCCAGAAACUUCAGUUUCAGCUAGUCGUAUGAACGCUUGGAGAUAACAGAUGAUUUACACAAACUCAAAACUAGAACUCAAAUAGUAUCCAGUGAACAGUUGAACUUUUAUUUGGACCACAGACUGGAUGCAUGAAAGAUAUUGCAUGAAAGAUAUUAUAUUGCAUGUUAUGUUUUAUGUUGUUCAACAAAGUUGUUUGGAAGAUAAAACAUUUGGGAAAAGUUUAUCGACCAGAUAAAUUUGUUGUUUGUUAGAAGUUGUUUUUUAAAAAUAAAAAAAAUAAAAAAAGGAAGAAACAAAAGCAAAUGCACCAAAGCAUGUUUAUUUCAGUAAUUCACAUAUGGCUGAAACACAAGAACAAAAGAAAUAUUACAAGAAUUUUCAGUGAAACUAUAGUAUAAAAAUAGACCAGGAUAAAGUUUCAUUCUGGCAAAGGAGGGAUGUCAUGAUAAUGAAUAUGUAUCAGAUUAUGCAAAUGUGACACCUGUGACCUCAGGAGGUCAGAUCGCAUGUGCGCGAUGUAUAUGCGAUACGCGUGACUUGAUACCCAGUGCGGGGAAUAAACACCAGACUAUGGUUUAUGGAACUCAA